AAGCUAGCCUAGAUUUAGCUUCCGUUUCCUGUUUUGGCUGCUGCGGCUUCUUUAUUUAGCCGCCCCCGUUUCACCGUUUCGAGGCCGUUCGCGCUUGUUUCGGGCGGGCUUCGGAGGUCGCGGGCGGGAGGCGGCCAUGAAGAAGUUCUUCCAAGAAAUCAAAGCGGAUUUGAAGUUCAAGACGGCCGGCCCGGGACAGAAACUCAGCGAGUCGCCUAGGGAAAAAUCCACCAAAGAGAAACCCAAACCGGACGCUGCCAAAUGUCGCCAGGGGCCCACCAACGAAGCUCAGAUGGCUGCAGCCGCCGCCUUGGCCCGGCUGGAACAGAAGCCCAAACCUCGCCCUCUCUCAUCCCAAGACGCCAUCCGGAAUCAGGUGAAAAAGGAGCUUAUGGCCGAAGCGGCUGCGAGCGAUAAGGGGCUACCUGUGGAUCAGAAGAAUUCUUUGCCUGAUGUCGAAGAAGACCCUUCCUCCCUGUCCGUCUCGGGCGUCUACUUCAUUUGCCCGCUGACCGGCAUCACCGUCCGAAAAGACAAAAGGGAGGCGCAGAUAAAAAACGCCAUCCUUGAGCACGCUGCCAGAGAUCCCGUGGCCGCCUCCAUCAUGCAGAUCCACACGUUCAACAGGGACCGGGAGAAGGUCAAACUCGGCGUGGAGACCAUCGCAAAGUACCUUGAUAAUAUCCAUCUCCAUCCGGAAGAGGAGAAAUAUCGGAAAAUUAAGAUGCAGAACAAAAUUUUCCAGGAAAGGAUCCACUGCCUGGAAGGAGCAGACCAGUUUUUCCAGGCGGUCGGUUUCGAAAAGGUUGCUCUGGAUGUCGCCGGACAAGAAGAAGCCACGGAGGACUUCUACCUGUUGAAGGACGAAGCCUUGGAAAAGCUGGAGGACCUGAAGGAGCACAAGGAGAAGCUGCUGAACGGGGAGCCGGUGAGGGCCAAGCUGGAUCGACAGCUCCAGAUCUUCAAGCCUUCCCCACAAGCGUCUCACUUCGAGCUGCCGAGCGACUUCUUCAACCUCACCGCGGAGGAGCUGAGACGGGAGCAGAGGAUACGGACAGACGCGGUUGAGAAGGCCUCUAUGCUGAGGACGAAAGCCAUGCGGGAGAAGGAGGAACAGCGAGAGCUGAGGCGAUACAACUACACCCUCUUACGCAUUCGCUUCCCUGACGGGUACAUCCUGCAAGGGACUUUCUACGCCCGGGAGCCCGUGUCAGCCCUCUUCCAAUUUGUGCGGGAGACUUUGCAGAACGACUGGCUGCCGUUUGAGCUGCUGGCCCCCGGGGGCCACAAACUGACCGACGAGAACUUGGCGCUCAACGAGAGCGGGCUGGUGCCCUCAGCGCUUCUGACCUUCAUCUGGGACGCCGAGGUCAUGGAGGAUAUCAAAGCCUCCAGGGGCGAGCACAUGGGAAGCGUGCUGAAACCCGACCUCCUGCUCACGGUGCAGAUGCUCUCCUGAAAAUAAAGGCGCGAUGGGGUUGGAUCCGGUUCCGUCCUGUGUGGUCCCCGACUCUUCUGAAGCCGGCCUCCGACUUUCCCUGCUUCCUGUCCGCUAGAGGCACAGACGUGACUUUUCCGGCUGGCAUUAGCCGGCUGGCGAGAGAACAGCUGAUUCGGCUCCCCCCCCAGCGUCACUUCUUCUCUCUGUUUUUCUGGUCUGAAGUUUCAUCGAUCCCCGUUUUUUUUACUGAUCUUUUUCGCGCUUCGAAGCACCUUUGGGGUGGAAAAAGAUCAACGCAGCCGAGCAAACGGGAGAAUGUCUGCCCAAAAGGUUUCCCCGGUUACUCUGUCGAUGCCGCUGGCAUUUCUGGUUGCUUCACUGGUUUGCACUUUGUACACGGGGAGGUAGAAGGCCCGCAGGAGCUCCCGAAUCACGUCAAAUUUAUUAUUAUUAUUAUUAUUUUUAGGUCGUAGAUAAGCUGUUAGCUUCAUGAGGAGGAGGAAUGUACGUACACUACUCUAGCCAACGAGCGAGUUGUUGCCGCUGCUAAGCUGUAGGUUGUGGGGAAGAGUUCUAAAGAAUCCGAUCCCAUAGUUUAUUUUUUUUUGCUUCAGUAUUUUUAACGGAGGCCGUUUUGAGGAAGGAAUUAUUGCAGGAAAUGCACCUUUAUAAAAAUGUCUUGUGCAACCUUCCCACGGGGGUGUGUGUGUGUCCCUCCGAUGUGGGAGAUGAUCCCUCGGCGCAGUACAGCUGUCUUGAGUCUCUCUGCCCUGUUUUUGUGGACUUUGCUGCUUCCUCUGUUCGUUCUUCGGGAGGAAUAAGGAACUUGCUGCUUUAGAUUUUUGUAUUGUUGUUGCUGGGGAGGACAGGGCAAGUAGAUAAAAACGUGGAGCCACACAGCACCACCACGACCACCUCACCCCACUUUAGCAGUCUGGGGUUAACAAUUUUUGGUUUUGUCGGUGGCUCCAAAUCAAGCCUUCUUUCGGAGUUCAACGGAGGCGACAGCGGGGAAUUAAAAUGCCCCUGUUAUUAUGUACAAAGAUACACGUCAAAAAGGGGGGUUGUUAUUAUUUUUUAACCUCUUAUCUUACGGUCUUUGGAGUCUCUUUAAAUUGGAAGCAGAACUCUUUAAUACCCACUGAAAUGCAGCCCUUGGAAGUCACUUGCAAAACAAUUUCAUUUUCUUCUCCUCCUCCCCCCCCCCCACUCCUUCCAGAAAGGCUCUGGAUUUAAGUGAUGUAUCUUUCCCCCCCCCCCCCAAGCAGAUUCAUAACCAAAGUGUGAGGUAUAAAAACUGUACCCACUAAUCCUGUUUUGAUGAUGUUUAAAAGCAAGGCAGCUGUUUAAAACGUUUGCUUGGCUCUGUGUUUUGGGGAGGGGUGAUUAAUUAUCUAAUGGCCAUACGGACGUGGAUCAGAUACUGGGCGGGCAACAAAAGAGUUGCAGAAACACACACAUAGACACACAUGUUCCUGAAAUAGAGACUCGGCUUUUUAGAAUAAUAUAAGGCUGAUGCAUCUGGUGUGCCGGAAGUCUUAUUUCUAGCAGCAUUUUUACAAGGUGGUUCUUGAUCUGAAUUCUUGCAGCAGCCUAAAUUACGAGCUAGAUCGGCAGGGCUGGCCAGGGAAUUCUGGGAAUUGAAGUCCACAAAGUUGCCAAGAUGGGAAAACAUUGGCUAAAAUUCUCAAAAUCUCAAUGUAGUAUAUAGCUGGGUGGGGAAUUCUGGGAUCUGAAGUCCACAAUUCUUCCCCAAAGCAGCGGGUUAGAUGAAUUAACGCUGUGAAACAUGUAGAGCAGGGGGUGUCAAACACAACGCCUCUGGGCCUUAUCCAAACCGUGGUCGGAACCGGCCUGCGAAGCCGUCCUGGAAAAUGUAAGGGGCCGCCCUGUGUUGCUUCGGCCCCGUCUACCCGGUGCGAAGAGGAAACAUGCCAGCCAUUUGGGGAGUGGUGUCAAGGUGGCCACGCCCACCCAGGUCAACCACAGCCCUCAAUGAAAUUGAGUUUGACACCCCUGAGUAGAUCUUCCUAAACAGAGCUUAAGGAAAUCAUGUCGUCAGUGAAUAUGUGCCAGUUCACUCAUUCUCUUCUUUUCCUGCUUAAUGGGAGGGAGGGAUUUGUUGGAAGGCACUUGUUGAAAGCCCAGAAGGAAGGGGCAGGGGUCUCCAACAAAGCUGGCAAAGCUGGCUGAGGAACUCUGGGAGUUGAAGUCCACAAGUCUUAAAAUCGCCAAGGUUGGAGACCCCUGUUUUAGAGGAGGACAAGAGCACAGGGGGCACAGUGAGACGUUUGCAGAAUGCACACCUCUGCUUGCGGCAGCCGUGAAGGAGAGGGGGAAAAAAAACCCCACAAGGUUCACUUGGAGAGGCGAGUUAGAACUAAGUGAGAUGCAGAGACCUCUGUCAAUAGAAGGGAAUAUUUGUAGCUCGGAUUUGAACUGUGAGGUCUUCUUGGUGCUCUCCUGCCGACAUUUCAUGACCCAAUUGGGUAAUACCAUCAGUGCUAGGAGUGUGGAGGUUAUGGGGAGGAGGAAAAGGAUUGGGUCCUUGGUGCUGGCUGAGCUUGGUUGUUUUCUUGCAGGCAUUUCAUGACCCCACUGGGUGACACCAUCAGUGCUAGAAAGGUUUGCUCUGUUUAUAUACAGUGGCUUGCAUGACUAACAAACUUGUUCCGACCUAGGCUCCCUUAAAAAGCAGGAAGCAGGAAUUGGUCCUGGCAAAACCUCUUUUAUUUACACGACUGUGAAUUCCUUUCAUUCACAGUCAGCAAGGCCUGUCCAAACAAGUUUUUCAAAGGAAUAUUUAUCAACACAGCCCUUAUCUCGCUUGGAAAGCUGCCAGGUAACUAGUUUCCAAACACAGAGUAAGGCAAAACUUGGCACAGAGUCUCUUAGAGUCACAAACAGAACUUCCCAUUCUUGAAACGACCGAAUGAAAGAAUUCUUUCUUGCAAAAGCCCCCUCCCCUUUCGCUCCUCUUUUGUUUCCUAUGGGAGGGGCCAAUCAUCUCCCAGGUGUGGCGUUACUCCCCUGUUUUCUGAG